AUGGCAAAAACCGUCUUGAUUACAGGUUGCAGCGAUGGAGGCCUCGGAGCCGCAAUGGCCAAGGUCUACCGUGCAAAAGGUUUCCACGUCUUUGCAACGCUACGCAAUAUGGCCAAGGCAGGAUCCUUGGUCGGCAUGGACGGUAUAGAAACUAUCGAGCUCGAAAUCACAUCGGUGGAGUCUAUUCGUAAAUGUGCCGAUGCCGUUGCGAAAUCCACUGGCGGAACACUGGAUAUCUUGGUGAAUAAUGCCGGCGUCAACGCUAUUGUGCCCCUUCUUGAUGCGUCUAUCGAUGAUGCUAAGAAAGUCUACGAUGCAAAUGUUUGGAGUAUUGUUGCAAUGGCGCAAGCCUUUUCGCCUCUGCUCAUUGCGGCCAAGGGCAUCAUGUGCAAUAUCAGUUCUGUAUCUGGCGAAAUGGUCUUUGCAUGGGCGGGUAUUUAUAGCAGCUCUCGCAGUGCCCAAACCAGGCUUUCUGAGACACUGCGUCUCGAGAUGGCCCCCCUCGGCGUGCGAGUCGUCACGGUCGUUCUUGGUGGUGUGGAAACAAGCGGAAACAAUCCUUUGAAUAUCCCCGAUCUUGAAUUGCCCCCAAACUCGCAUUACCAGAAGAUCACCAGUGUCAUCGAUCGCCACAAGAAGACUGAAAUCCACCCGAAUAAGCAGAAUAUCAGCAUUGCCGCGACCAAUGUGGUUGAGGAUGUGCUGAAUGGCCGCGGCCCUUUUAUUCGACGCGGACAGGCCUCGACCCUGAGUUGGAUGUGCAACACAUUUCUUCCCUAUCGGCUCUUCGUUUGGAUGAUUAAUCGGGAUUCAGCUUUGGAUCAAGUCUGA